AUGGCUCCCAAGGCAGAGAAGAAGCCCGCCGAGAAGAAACCAGCGGAAGAAAAGAAAGCCGUGGCCGAGAAAGCGCCAGCGGAGAAGAAGCCAAAGGCCGGGAAGAAAUUGCCUAAGGAAGCAGGCGCUGCCGCCGGAGACAAGAAAAAGAAGAGAUCCAAGAAGAGCGUCGAAACCUACAAGAUUUACAUCUUCAAGGUGUUGAAACAGGUGCAUCCUGAUAUCGGAAUCUCAAGCAAAGCCAUGGGAAUCAUGAACAGUUUCAUCAACGAUAUAUUUGAGAAGCUCGCCCAGGAGAGUUCGAGGCUUGCGAGGUACAACAAGAAGCCGACGAUCACGUCAAGGGAAAUUCAAACCGCCGUGAGGCUUGUACUUCCCGGUGAAUUGGCCAAGCACGCCGUGUCGGAAGGCACAAAAGCGGUGACAAAAUUCACCAGCUCUUGA